AUGUCGCAACAACAUGAUCACACUAUAUCAUCAGAAUGGAUGGAUCAUUCACUCACUACUCCAUUAUUGGUCCAACUCCCACAUGAAAUGAUGGAAUUAAUCUUUGAUUAUUUGAACAUUUCCGAGGGUUGUAAUACGAUGAGACUCUUGAACCGAACCAUUUCUUCUCAAUUUUUACAUUAUUUCCGACGAAUACUGAGAGAGAGAUGGGAAGAUGAGAAUAUGGUGAGUCUUUAUCCUUUGAAUGAACCUCCAGUCUCUCCCGAGAUGAUUUCUCAAACCGAGAAGAAAUUUAAAAUCAUCAUUCCGUUCGUGUUGAAGGAAUUAUUAAUGAUCACGAACGGAAGUAGAAAGCCAAAUAGAUUCCAUCUAUUACCGAUUGAGAAUUGGUAUGAAAGAGGUUAUGGAGUGGUAUUUGCUAAGGACUAUGUCAUUGUAUCGGAUGGAACUUCAAGUCAUAUCUUGGUUCAUGACUAUGAUGAGUUUUAUUCAUGGACCAAUUUUUGGAAUGUGUUGUUUCAUUCAGAUCUGAGUACGAGCUCGGUGGAUGUUAAAAAGCUGCCUGAAAAGAAGUAUUUUGAAUAUAAUGGCUUUGAUUGGUAUGACAUGCGGGAAGUUCAUUUGAAAACGAUACCCAAGUUUUACUUGAAUUUCUUGCAAUGUAUGGUAGAUCCAAAACGUAGUGAACUGAGAUAUAAUGCUCAAACAGUCAUUGAUUGUUUGAAUUCUGAAUUUUUACAAGAUGAAAAAUUUGCAUGUCGGGUCGCUUCACUUUACUACAAACUGGUUCGACAUUUUCCUUCACACUUGUUGGAUGAUAAAAGUUAUUGCAAAAAAUUGGUCACUGUACAAGGAAAAGUCCUCAAGUAUUGUCCAAAGUUUGCAAUCGACAGAGAAAUUGUAUUGGCUGCUGUGAAAAGCAACGGAUUUGCACUGAAAUAUGCACCUACAUUUCAAAGCGAUUCAGAAAUAGUGUCUGUUGCGCUCAACACAAGCCCUCAUGUUUUGCAUCACGUCUCCAAAUUGACACCAAACUACAAGCAAUAUGUUUUGGAGGCUUUGAGGAAGAACAAAUUCGACACGGUACCAAAAUUUUUCACUGAACCAAUGGCACAAAGUAAGGACUAUGUGGAAGCACUCUUAGAAAAAAGUCCUAAAUUGUUGAAGUUAAUGCCAAAGGUUUGGUUUAACACUCAAUUUUUUCUUAAAUUGAUGAAAAAGAAUUCAAAAUGUUGUAAAUAUAUUUUGCAACAAACAACAUCGCUCGAUAAGAGAGUAAUUAAGGCUGCACUACAAUUGGAACCUGGUUCAUUUAUUUACCUUUCUGAGAAGCACCAACGUGAUAGGGAGUUAUUGAACUUGGCGUUUGGAUGUAAUAUUAGUAUGAAUUCAGAAAAUAACACCAUUUCAAAGGAAGGUUUGAAACAAAUUUUGAAAGCUAUUGAGAAAGCGCCGAAAUUACUAAGAGUGGUCUGUUUCAAGCAUGACUACUUGCCACUGCCCAUGGAGGAUCAAGAGCUAGUGAUGGAUUUCUUGCAACAAGCUUGUCAAAAGUCUCUUUCACAAAAUGGUUCACUGUUGCGCCACUGUCUUGGACAUGACUCCUUAUUAGACACAAACCAACAAUUGCAAUUGCUUGCAGCUGAGACAGCUUGUAGACAAAAUCCGGAGUGUCUGCAACAUGUUUAUUGCGAAUACACGGAGCUUUUUCCUCAGUUAUUGGAACUUGAAUCUACUGCACAUUGCAAAGAUGCACCCUACUUUGGGUACCACUACGAACCAAAAGACAAGGCAGCUUUAAUGAAAAACAUACGAGCCACCCAAAUAGCCAUAAUCAAGAGAAAUAAUCCAUAA